UUCAUUUUACUUAGGACUAAAUUUAACACCUUAUGUAAUAUGACUACCACGGUGACCACACAUUUGAGUCGAGUGAGUGAGGACUGUGAGACAGCAGCAUGUAAAGUUGUAAACACAACAAGUGCCAAGUGUCACCGCCGCUGAACCCAGAAGUCACUUCACUUCACUGACAUUUGUACAGACUACAUGGAUAAAUAGUCGCAGAAAAUGGGCCUUUUAAUUGACACCGCCAUAAUGGUGGGGUCAAUGCUGGUGUUCUUCAUCGGUGGUUGGGUGUGGUUUGUGAAGAAAAUAUUCCGAGACUAUGAGGUGCAUAACACAUUGGUGCAGUUGUUUUUUCCUAUGAUCUUCAUGCUGUCAUGCACCAUGUUUGAACUCAUCAUCUUUGAAAUUGCUGCUGUGCUGGAGUCAGGGUCUCGUUACUUGUACUGGCAGGUGGUGCUGUACUCCAUGCUCAUCAUGCUCAUUCUGGUCAUACCCUUCUAUUUAUGUCACUUUGUUGUUUCUAACAUAAGAAUAGUGCGAGGAGAGUGGGUGAAUGUGCUAUCUUUGCUCACCUGGGGAGUGUUUAUGGUGUGCUUUUGGAAGAUAGGAGAGCCCUUUCCUAUUCUUAGUCCUCAGCAUGGCAUUCUCUCCAUAGAGCAGAGUAUCAGCCGCAUUGGAGUUAUUGGAGUGACAGUAAUGGCUGCACUGUCAGGCUUUGGUGCUGUUAAUUAUCCAUACACAUCCAUGAAUAUCUUCAUGCGGCCUGUCACCAAGUAUGACAUCCAGGCUCAGGAACGGCGACUGCUGCAGACCAUUGAUGUUAUUGUAAGCAAGAAGAAGAGGAUUGCCUUGGCAGAGCGAGAGAGGAUCACAUCCAAAGUAAGUGAUGAUAGUAGUUCCCGAUCCAGAAUCUGGGGCUUGCUGCGCAGUGUUACGUCCAGCAGUCCUCAAGGCGAGAGUAUGUCAGCUCUCAAGCAGGAGGUGGCAGCCUUGGAGGAACUCUCAAGGCAGCUGUUCUUGGAGACAGUGGAGCUGCAGAACCAACGUGAGAGGCUGGAGUGGGCGAGCACCUUUCAGGGUCGUUUCUUCAACUUCAUGGGCUACUUUUUCUCCUUGUACUGCUCAUGGAAGAUUUUUAUUAGUUUGGUGAACAUUGUUUUUGACAGAGUUGGUAGAAAAGAUCCAGUAACCAAGGGUAUGGAGAUAGCAGUUCAUUGGCUUGGCUUUGAUAUUGAUGUCCAGUUUUGGUCACAGCACAUUUCCUUUUUCUUAGUGGGCUGCAUUAUUUUCACCUCCAUCCGAGGUUUCAUUCUCACACUCACCAGGUUCUUCUAUGCAGUGUCCAGUAGCAAAUCUUCCAAUAUCAUUGUCUUGGUGUUGGCACAUCUCAUGGGGAUGUACUUUGUGUCCAUGGUAAUGCUGAUGAGGAUGAACAUGCCCCUGGAGUACCGCACAAUCAUUACACAAGUGUUAGGAGACCUGCAGUUCCACUUUUACCACCGAUGGUUUGAUGUCAUCUUUCUGGUGUCUGCCCUCACCACCAUGGGCAUCCUCUACUUGGCGCACAAGCAGGUCAACACCUCUGACAAAGCUGAGAAUCUCUAUGAACCCAAGUGGUGACAUUGAGUUCAGUGUAGACAGAGGCAGACUGGCUGCUGGAAAAAUUGAGACCAACACUUCCAUGUAAUUUAUAUCAUUGAUCUUUUCAUCUGUCAUCAUCAUCUCUUUCCCACCAUAAGAUUUAGCUUUGCAUAAAAGAUAAGAGUAGAAGAAAUGGGUUAAUAUAAAUCUGACAAGGAUGUAGUGACACAAAAAUUGUUCUUAUAUAUGGCAAAAUUUGCUUGAGUGAUGCCUGUGCCUUGAUAAGGAGUUGAGUGAUUAGUGUAGUUGAAUCCUAAAGAAGGUGCCAAGUAAAGUGAUUAUAUAUGUAUGAUAGAUGGUUUUGUUGAUUCUGGGCAGCCACUCAUUCCCAUGUUGAGGUUAGGGGACAGCUUUAUAAUAAGUAGACUUUUAUGAUGUACAUACCUGCUUCAUAAUUAUUUUGUCUGCCAUUGCAUGUUAGUAUCCUUCUACCAAUAAUGUAUGAGUCCACUGAUUUAUAAUUUUUACAAGCAUAUAUUUAUUUAUAAAAUGGUGAAAGUGCAUAA